CUGAUGGCUGCUGCCACUUGCCCAAAAAAAACUAAUUGCACAAUGCUCUUGCUUCGGUACGCGAUCCAGAAUCGUAAAUCUUCCUCCGCGGAAGGAGGGGGGAGUGUCUUUGCGUCUUUCGGGUCUUUCCGUCUUCUUCAACCCUCAUACCCUUAUAUUAAAUACGACCGCAUCAUGCAGUCGCUUUUAACUCCCUGGAGAGCACGUUGACGGAUGAAGCUCAUCUUAUUUUCAUCAGCAAGAAUUGAGUUUCUUGUGUUAGUGUUGAACAAUAACUUGUCCUACAUACCCUCCCCGAAUUAUAGCGCACUUAUACGCUGAACAUUCAUUCUCCCAAGGGGCGCGCCCCGAUUCAAAAACCCUUCGGGUUCACAUAAAUCGGCAUUGACAUUGGUAUUGGCAGUACUAAAGACAGACUGAAGUAUGUCUUCUUCUACUUUGACUAAAGUAGGUCAUGGCUUCGCCUGGUUCUUCAAUAUGAACCUCGACCCUUACGGCCAACGCGAAGCAGAGCAAACCGAUUCGAGAGACGCGUCUCAGUCUUAUCCUGAUGUCGAACCCUACGAUGAAAGGGACCCAACCGCGGUCGACUGGAUCCGAAGUAUUACGCCGACGCCUCGUGGUAUCUUCCAAUAUUUCUACCGCCUAUUCCCGUUCCUCCACUGGAUUACCAGAUAUAAUAUGACAUGGUUCAUCGGUGAUCUCAUUGCUGGUAUCACCGUCGGUGCUGUAGUUGUGCCUCAGGGCAUGGCUUACGCAUUGCUUGCCGAGCUUGAGCCCCAAUAUGGCCUCUACUCAUCCUUCAUGGGUGUCCUUAUCUAUUGGUUCUUUGCGACUUCUAAGGAUAUCACCAUCGGGCCUGUCGCGGUUAUGUCGACUGUUACCGGUGGCAUCGUUAAUAGAGCGGAGCAGUCUAUCCCAGAUGUUCCAGGUCACGUUGUGGCAUCUGCUCUCGCCGUCAUUGUCGGCGGUAUUGUAUGCUUCCUAGGCUUAGCACGACUUGGUUGGAUUGUUGAUUUCAUCCCUCUGCCCUCCAUUGCCGCUUUCAUGACUGGAUCUGGAGUUAGCAUCGCAGUUGGGCAAGUACCCACGAUGCUGGGCAUAAACAGCAAAAAGAAGCAUUUCUCGACGCGAGAUGCCACUUAUCUGGUUAUCAUCAACACCUUGAAGAAUCUCAAGUACACUACGAUCGAUGCUGCCAUGGGACUAACGGCCUUACUCAUGCUCUAUAUUAUUAGGAGCACUUGCACGUAUCUGGCCAAGAAGUAUCCUCAGCGAGAGAAGACGCUUUUCUUCGUAUCCACCCUCCGGACUGCGUUUGUUAUUCUUUUAUAUACGGCAAUUAGCGCCGGUGUCAAUCUUCACCGUCGUGAGAAUCCCCUUUUCAGCGUCCUUGGCGAAGUUCCUCGAGGAUUUCAACAUGCGGCAGUGCCUGACCUUGACCCCAAGAUUCUCUCCUUUUUUACCUCCGAGCUUCCCGCUGCCGUCAUUGUUGUACUGAUCGAGCAUAUCUCCAUCUCGAAAUCAUUUGGUCGCGUUAAUAACUAUGUCAUCGACCCUUCACAAGAACUAGUUGCUAUUGGAGUCAGUAAUCUUCUGGGUCCUUUCCUUGGCGCGUACCCGGCUACUGGAUCCUUCUCUCGUACUGCCAUCAAGGCGAAAUCAGGCGUCCGUACACCAUUUGCUGGUGUCAUUACUGCGAUUGUCGUGCUUCUUGCUCUUUACGCAUUGACAGCUGUCUUUUGGUAUAUCCCUCAGGCAUCUCUUGCCGCCGUUAUUAUCCACGCGGUAUUGGACGUUGUGUCCCCGCCAGACAUCGUAUACCAAUUUUGGAGAAUCUCGCCCCUGGAGGUCAUCAUCUUCUUUGCUGGAGUUUUGGUGACCAUCUUUGACGGUAUUGAGGAUGGCAUUUACACCACAGUUUGUGUGUCCUUUGCCGUCUUCAUUUUCCGCCUGUUCCAAGCGAAGGGUCGAUUCCUCGGUGUCGCUACAGUCCGAACCAUUGGAGACUUGAGACCUAGCAGGCACGGUAGCGAAAGCCAGUCCCUGUCCCAGGAUCAGAAGACUCCCCUAACCUUGAGGCAAGGCCGCAUUUCGAGCGAGCGCAACCUAUUUAUCCCGAUCGACCACGAAGACAACUCAAAUCCUCGCAUACCCGUUUCUCACCCUUACCCUGGCGUAUUCAUCUAUCAAUUCUCAGAGCUAUUUAAUUAUCCAAACGCAACCCGCUUCUUAGACGGGCUUACAGAAGGAAUUUUCAAAGCCACGCGAAGAACCGAUCCGGAUUCUCUUGGAAAAUUAGGUGACCGCCCCUGGAACAACCCCGGCCCACGUAAGGGCAAAGUCGUUCUGGACGAUACUUCAGGGCGACCUACUCUAAGGGCGAUCAUCUUAGAUUGCUCUGCGAUUAAUAAUGUGGAUGUGACCUCUGUGCAAGCUUUAAUAGACGUGCGAAACCAAUUAGACAGGUAUACAACACCGGACACGGUCGAAUGGCAUUUCGCGAAUGUUAGAAAUGCUUGGACUCGCCGCGCGCUCGUCGCCGCCGGUUUCGGAUUUUUACAGCCCAAGGGAGACGCCGAGGCUGGUCGUCGUUGGAAAUCCAUCUUCAGCGUCGCCGAUCUAGCGGAUGCUGCAUCGCCUCUUUCUGGCUCAAGUCACUCGGGCGAAAAGGGGGCGAUCGAGAAGCGCACGAGCCACGGCGAUGAAGAAAUCGGCGCGCAACCAUCUUCCAUCAACGAAGACGAGAGUGCUACACGCCAAGUACCGGUAUAUGGUCUUAACCGGCCAUUCUUCCACGCAGAUGUGCAAGAAGCUCUUGAUGCGGUAUUGGAGAAUAUCGAAUACCGACCCCCUGGUUUUUAAGGCCUCAGCGCCCGGUGUAAGAAGAUAAUGUGUUGUAUAAGAUAUGAACCUAUAUAUACCCCUUACAGAGCUUAUCUCUGUUACCGUUCACCUAAAUGGUGUUUUUUUUUUUGGGUGGUAUGGAGGGUUGAGUGGUGGGAGAGAGCUCUGAUGGUACCUGAUUUAUACGAUAAUUUCCAGUUUUGGAGAUAAAUAGUAACGAUGAACGGUUACUUCUUGAUGUACUUAUUAUACCUGAAUAGACCAACCAUUAUGUAUGCUUCCUCUACAAGUCUCAGCUUCAAUUACUUUGAAGCUAUUUUUUUUUUGACUUGCUGUCGCGAUACCUUAGCCUCGCGUCAUCCACGAGAUCUUAUUCAGAUUAACGCGUCUAUCGACCUAACUACUAGGUCGUU